AAUUUCGAUGUUUUUGCGCCGUAAAUUUUUAUUUAGUGUAUGAUAAAACACGUGAAGUUUCGGUAUUGAUUCAUUAUAUUCAUUUAAUUUCCUCGUGAUCUAUUCGGUGAAUGAGGUCCGCCUUUUACGCAAGAGGAACAGGAAGUAGCUGGCAUAUAAUAGAUAGUACAAGCUCAGAAUGAUCUCCUAUUUCAAACUCGGCAUCCUUGUUACCAUAGUAGCAAUCAUACACAUACGCCAGACGUCUUCUAGCAGAAAUUUCAGAGGCAGUAAUGAAAUAUCUGACGAUCACGAACAAACGACAGAGAAGACCAAAGUUACAACCGAACAUAUUCACAUUACGACUGCAAAUACGGAAUCCUCGAAAACUACCACAAAUGGAGAAAAAACAACUACGCAUAGUAAAGUAACAACAGAACACACUGAAAUAACAACAGAACCAAGUAAAAUAACAACAGAACCUAGCAAAAUAACAACAGAACCAAGUAAAAUAACAACAGAACCUAGCAAAAUAACAACAGAGCAUAGUAAAAUAACAACAGAACCCACUGGGAUAACAACGGAGCCUAGUAAAAUAACCACAGAACCAAGUAAAAUAACAACUAAACCUACUGAAAUAACAACAGAGCCUAGUAAAAUGACCACAGAGCCAAGUGAAAUAACAACAGAACCUCCUACUGAAAUAACAACAGAGCCUAGUACAAUUACAACAGAUCAUCACAAAGUGACGACUCAAACUGUUUAUCCGACAACAGGAGAAAGCAACGGGACGACAUCUUCAAUACCUGUCACCACGGAAACGACAGCAGAGAGUACACCUUCACCUACAAAACCAACUACGGCACCAACAAAGAAGCCGACCACUGAACCACAUACUGCAAAACCUUCUUCAAAACACAGGAAGUUUGAUGGCGUGUCGUUUGUUGGUGGAAUAAUUCUCGGUUUAGGCGUGGCGGCAUUAGUCGUUCUGAUAAUAUUUUUAGUUCGUUAUUGCAAGAACAAAAGGGAGGGAUAUUCGUCAAUUUAAUGGAAGUGGUGCCAAUACAGGAGUUAGAUAUGUAUACUUUGAUGAAAUGUUUGCAGUAUAUCUUGAUGGAUGUUAUACUCAUUACACUGUUAAACUUGUUAUAUGUUUUAUAACAAGUUGGAAUUCAUUUUUAAUUCAAUACAAAUCUUAAUGUCAAAAUUCAGAAUAGUGUAAUUACCGCAUAAUUUAGCCGCGCGCCUUCGAAAACUGUUGGUAAAAUAUCGUCGGAUCAGCUCGAUUACUUUUUUGGCCUUCGAAAUGUACUAGUCAAAGUCCCAUUAGCUCGAUCGCUUUUUCGGCCUUCGAAAAGUGCUAGUCAAACUCACAUCAGCACGAUUACAUUUUCUGAUUCUUAGCUGUACGAAUAAAUGAAUGUUCUAGGCGUACAUGCACGUGCCUUGCAACCUAAGCCUCUAUUGUUGUUACCUUGUGGGCAAUAGGUCUGAUGUCUCCUUGAUAUGAAGACAUGGUCCAUAUCAAUUUGUUUUGAAAUAGGUAUUGAUAUCUGUGUUAAAUAUUAUGAAUAUUUCUUUACAAAAUAUAUUCUGUCAUAGUCUAAACACUAAUGUGCGUGCUGUACACCAAUGUUGCAAUACCGGCCAGAUAGCGUUAACAUCGGUUCGAUCCGAAACAGACAUGCAAAUUGAUAUGCAAAUGAUAUCGAUCCGUUGAGGUAGAUAUAGGUUUGCUGACUGGAUAACUAUUAUAGGAUAAAAUAUUGUUAAAUAAUUGAGGUAAUAAAGUAAUAAACUGACAUUACAGCAAUGUUUCAUUUACAGAGAUAUACGUAUUCAUUACUACACACGAUCUUCAUUACACUUUUCAUUGUACAUGUAAACACAUCAGUUCGGCUUUAGCUUCUUGGUCUGUGGAUGUUUGGUCGUCGUCUAUAAGUAUAUCCAGCGGAUGUUCUUCAGCUAUAUUCUGCUUAGUUUACAAAUGCGUGAUAAAUGUUGUUUGGUAUUUUUCUUUUUCUGUUUUUUGUUAUAAUAUUUCAUUUCCAGUUUGAACAAAUGCAUGUUCGAAUUAUGUACUCAAGAGAGUUUUGCUUGUUUAAACUAUGUUCAUUUUGAUUGGGUUGUUUGGUUUUAAUUUAUAUUUAUAGAAUUAAGUUCAUACGCAAGCAAUUGAUAAUGAAUAUAAUUAAAUUACAAAGUAUAAGUGAACAAACCAUAAUAUUACGAAGCAGAAAAGUCACAAUCUUUAAAGGCGCAUCUGCAAGGUAUUUUUUUCGGUUUCAUUUUUUUUUUUGAAAAUGUCAUUCGUUUUCAGAGGAAAUGUUUUAUGAUAGAUCGAAUCUUAAGGUUUAUAUGAAGAAGGCUUUUGUUCAUUUUCGCAAUUUGGCAAUUUUAACUGACUGAGAGUCUUUUUUUCUUACAAAUGAGCGUCGUGACAUAACAUUAUUUAUUUUACAUUUUAGAAGAUGGCGAUGUCCUAAAUCUAGGAAUUUAUUUUGAACAACACCAAUCCUGUUCAUACAUUUUUAUUAAAAUAUUGCAUGUAAAAUUGGGAAGUUUUCACUAAAAAUGCUAUUAAAUCAUUUUCAGGUGCUUUAUAUUUGUAACUCUUUAGAGCGAGAUUAAAACCAUAACUUAUGGCAUAAGCCCUUUUUUGCGUAUUUUUGCAUUUGUAAAAAUAUUAAUAUUAGCAAUAAAUUGAAAAUAACCGAUA